AUGAUAGCUUCGGCGACCAGAACACUUGCCAAACACCAUGACGAGAUGGCGAAGGACGCUAAAAUACAGCCUUUGGCAGUCAGGUUAACUGCAAUUGCGGGGAGCCUUCGAUCUGCUGAAGAUGUCAUCAGCGUAUCUGACCCACUCGUAAAACAACUCGAAAACGUCGUCAACGAACUCACCGUCGAGUUAGCGGGAGGCAAACCCAAUCUGUCCCGAAAUUAA